AUGUUUCGACGGGGUUCCCUGUUCUUGCGGGAGGGCGCCUUCUGUGCUAUGGGUAUUAUGUUCAACAUCUGCUCGCUAGUAAAUGGAUGGCAGCAGAGUGUCUCAGCGGACGGGUCAACGGUUGAGCUACAAACACCCAGCUGGGCCGCUGGGCUUAAAGCAACUUCUUUGGCUCUAUCUACUGCCGCUUAUCUGACAUUCCUACUUACGAUGAUUCUCCACGUUGACUCAAUCACAGGAUUUAUGGUGACGGUGAUCAGUUGGCUCGCCUCGGCUACUAUCCUGUUCAGCCUCAUCGGCGUUGAGGUCCGACGUCAUCGGCAAUCCGAAGGCCACCAAACUUUCGCAUAUACUGAAAACUUUUUCGCCGGGAUUAUAUCCGCCAGUCUCUAUGUUCUGAUUGCAGUCCUACUCUCAAUAUACACGGUCAGCUUGAAAGUGUCCCCGGUCAGUGCAGCAGAUAGGCGAAAGAUCGAAUGUACAAGCAUCGUAUUCCGGGUCGUCACUUUUAUCAUUCUGCUUCUCGGCGGGGCCGCCGUGUAUAGCACCAUUGAAGGCUGGUCGUUGAUGGAUGCUCUCUACUUUACUGAUUACACCCUCUUGACUAUCGGUCUUGGGAAUAUAGCGCCCCAGACUCAUCUAGGGCGCAGUCUGCUGUUUCCUUAUGCCACAUUAGGGAUCACAAGCUUAGGUUUUCUCGUCACUGCUGUGGCGUCUUUUACAGAUCAGAUGAGGGAGAUGAAGCUCAGGUGGAAGAUUGAGGAAGCUCGAAGGCAAAUUGAUAACGCAGAUUCAGAGAAGACUGCCGAUGGUCUCCUAAGAGCUGAAGGAGCCCAAUCACAAAUGGCUUCAGUCAAAAGUUGUAUCCCCAAAGGUGAAGAAAUUCUCAUGAUACAUAAAGUCAAUUCAACGUUCUAUGGAAGAAGGAGAUGGGCUGAGCUCGGGUUAUUCUCAGCUGUAUGGUUCGUUCUGUGGCUCGUCAGUGCCGGUGUCUUUUGCCGCUCCGAGAAGGACAACAACUGGACCUAUUUUGUGGCUCUUUAUUUCACCUACACAUCCCUCACGACGAUCGGCUAUGGGGAUUAUUUCCCCACAAGCAAUCUCGGCAAGGUCUUCUUCAUUUUCUGGUCAUUACUGGCCAUUCCGAUUCUAGCAAAUCUGGUUACGGCCAUAGGGCAUGCGCUUCAUAUAUGGCUGGUUUUCUGCUCUGGCUGGAUAUGGCGGCAUGUGCUUCAUAGGGGGCGCCCAGAGGAGCAUCAUGACCACGACUAUGUCUGUCGCUCCUUACAUUCAUCGGACUUGAUUGACACGAACGAAUUCCCGAAACCGAAGCCACGAGUUUCAGGUCUUAAUAUUGAGAGUCAGGCCGGGGGACAUUUAGAGACCAGGCAAGACUCGCCAUCUGUACAGGAUAGUUAUAAACGAAGUGACUUGGGCGAAGACGAACAACACCGGAUUAUACGCUGGAGGGCUUCGACUUACUAUCGGCUGUUGCUCUCAGAAGAAAUCGGAAACCUCAUUUCCAUGACAAGGAUUGAUUCUCUUGAACAUCAGGAAGAGCUUUGCUGCACAUGGUCUAGGAUCAUCCCUCUCUUAGAGGCCAAGGGCGACGCCGGUAGCCUGUCUGAGCUCACGCCACUGUUCUCAUCUACGAAGUCUGAACAUAUGAUGAUGGGGAUGCUGAAGAAUGCCAAGAAUAAUCUAUCAGAGAGGAAUGCUGAGAUCUCAUGGAUGCUAAAUAUGCUAGUGGAGAAGCUUUCUUCGGACUUGUGGAAGGAGCUUUCUGAGACGAAUGAUUGA